AUGUCACUGAACAACAAAUCAAAUCUUGGUUUACUGAGUAAAAAUUACCUUCGGGAGCAAAACCUUGAGCAUUUGCUGAAACAACCUAGCAGGAUAUAUAAUGCAGAUGAAGGUGCAUUCUUUUUAUCGCCAAAAUCUGGUUGUGUCUUAGUAAGACGGGGUGAUAAGAAUGUGUAUACCACAUCUGGUAAUGAGAAAGAAAACUUGACUGUUUUAGUAACUGCAAAUGCUGCUGGUCAAAUAGCACCUCCUAUGAUAGUGUUUGCUUAUGAGUGUGUGCCUAAACCUAUAUCUGAUAGCGUCAGGUUCAGGUUCGAUUGCGAUCAGAAUCAGGCUGGAUGUGAGCCAGCUAGCAAAUGGAAUGAAGAUAGUGAUUCAAUUGUAGAGAAUACGGAAGGCGAAAAUAAAAUGGUGACUGUAAAACGAAGACUGAAACUUGCUUUUCAUAAAAGGCCACAAAAAAAGAGUCAAAGACCUCUUUCGCACUCUGUAUCGGAUCUUGAAAAUAUGCCUUUAAGUUCACUGGCGUCUUCUAGCAGUAAAGUUUCUGUAAAAGAUUUAAAAACAGGUUGUUAUGUAAUAGUUACAUAUGAAGGUGAAUAUUUCCCGGGUAAAAUUGAAGACAAAAAUAGAGGGAUGUACGAAAUUAGUACAAUGGUACUAUCAACUGGGAACACUUUCAGAUGGCCAGACAGAGCAGAUAAAAUCUGGUAA